GGAAGGAGCCAGGCAGAAUAAGCUGUUGCUCUAACAAUUACACUAAGCAGACAGAGAGACAGAAAGAAAGCGGAGAGCUCCCAAGGUCCCAGAGAAAGAGGGCUGGGGAAAGUCAUACUGAAUGAUCUGCUUUUUUAAUAGACACUACGCUCAGAGUGAGUAGGGAAGGGACAGGCAGGAAGGCAGGACUUGGGAAAGGGAUCCUAGUCCUGUGAGAGUCCAUUAAAUAGCUAAAGCUACUGAUUUUUAGCAAGCCGCAGGGUGUGCAGAGUUGGAACUUGCCUUCCAGAUUUAUCGGACAAAGUGCUUGUACCCUAAGCUUUCUAGUGGACCCCACGAAAGGCUGCUCACUUCAUGGCAACUUGGACCACACACUCCUAGGACCUUGGGUUGCUUCUAGGACACUGCCAUGGAUGUUGAAGAGGAGAAUGAAACCCUGCGACGUUUCUUUGAAGGACAUGAUAUCAAUGGGGCCCUGGAGCCAUCCAACAUCGACACCAGUAUCUUAGAAGAUUACAUCAGUAAAGAGGACUCCUCAGAAAUCUGUUUCCCAGAGAUUCCUUCCUCAGCCAGCUAUGCCAGCCCUCAGCCUUGUGGAUCUUCUGGAGUCCACCUGCCCGGUGUCCUUUCCAAUGUUGCUCACACAGGCAGUAUUAACGCAGGGGGGGUCCAUCAUCUUGGUCAGCAAAUGGCAGUACGACCGGGGCCAGGGACAACAUGUGGGGGGCCUCCAUACCCUCAGCACCUGAACUGCAAUAAUAACAAUGCCAUGCUGAACCCCAAAGGAUACCCAGGUCCCAUGUGCAUGAGCAACCAAGGCCUUCCCAUUAAGGCAGAACCGAAAACCAGCUAUGCAGCCGGCACUUUACCUGACUCUCCCCCGGACUCUGGAUCAGAGGCGUACUCCCCUCAGCAGCUUAGUGAUCCUCACCUGCUUCGCACGAUGACCCCAGAAAAUAUAUGUCACAUCACCCCACCCUCUCGUCUAGAGCACCCCCCUCCACCUCACUUACAGGGCCCAUUGCCCCCCCACCCUGUACACCAGCAGCACUAUCCUAGCAUGCAGCGGGAACUGUACAUGAAAGUGGAGUCCAUGAUGCCACAGUACCAAAACCUUGGACCUGCGAUGCCUCCGGCAGACCUACAUCAUGCCCAGCAGUCGCAAAUGCUCCACCAGCUUCUCCAACAGCAACAUGGAGCUGAGCUCCCAGUGCAUCCUUCGAAGAAGAGGAAACACUCAGAUUCUCCAACCAACACCCUGAGGGAGCAGAUAUCCAAUGGAGGCAUGGUGAAACAGGAGCCGGGUCUCAUACAGGACAAUGACAGUCUAAACGGUUCCUAUCUUGAUCCUAAUUACCAAUCUAUAAAAUGGCAGCCUCAUCUGCAGAACAAAUGGGUCCCUCUCUAUGAUGCCAGCUACAAGGAACUACCCAUGCCCACCUAUAAGGUGGAUGCCGACAAGGGGUUUAACUUCUCAUCUGGAGAUGAUGCUUUUGUGUGCCAGAAGAAAAACCAUUUUCAGGUCACAGUGUACAUAGGAAUGAUUGGGGAGCCAAAAUAUGUUAAGACUCCUGAGGGUAUCCUGCCAAUUGAAUGCUUCUAUCUUAAAUUAAAUGGAGUGAAGCUGGAGGCCAUAAAUCAAUCAAUUAGCAUCGAGCAGUCACAGUCUGACCGCAGCAAACGUCCAUUUCACCCUGUAACGCUAUCCCUUCCCCCGGAUCAAGUCACUAAAGUGACAGUUGGCAGGCUGCAUUUUAGUGAGACCACUGCAAAUAACAUGAGGAAGAAAGGAAAGCCCAAUCCAGAUCAGAGAUAUUUCCUCCUGGUUGUGGCUCUCCAGGUUCAAGCACAGAAUCAGACGUACUUGGUGGCAGCACAAUCCUCUGAGCGCAUCAUAGUCAGGGCUUCUAACCCAGGCCAGUUUGAGAGCGACAGUGAGGUGCUGUGGCAACGUGGGCAGCUACCAGAUACUGUCUUCCAUCAUGGACGGAUUGGCAUAAAUACAGAACGACCAGAUGAAGCUCUUGUGGUACAUGGCAACGUCAAGAUUAUGGGCUCUCUCAUGCACCCGUCUGAUAUUCGAGCCAAGGAAUCCGUCGAGGAGGUGGAUACAACAGAACAGUUAAAGCGGAUCUCUCAGAUGCGCCUAGUUCAUUAUCACUACAAACCUGAGUUCGCAAGCACUGUUGGGCUGGAUGAAAAUGCAGCAGAAACAGGGGUGAUUGCUCAGGAAGUGCAGGAGAUACUCCCUGAUGCUGUUAAGGAAAGUGGAGAUUUAGUGUGUGCAAAUGGGGCAACCAUUGAAAACUUCCUGGUUGUUAACAAGGAACGGAUCUUUAUGGAGAACGUGGGAGCUGUUAAGGAACUCUGCAAGCUGACAGACAACCUGGAAACCCGUAUUGAUGAGCUAGAAAGGUGGAGCCGCAAACUGGCCAAGCUCCGGAGGCUGGAUAGCAUGAAAAGCACUAACAGUCACACUGGCAGUAGUCAGUUCAGCCGUGCAGGGAGUGUGCCUUAUAAGCAACGUCCCCCCAAAGUCAUGGGCAAGACUGUCUCUGGCCCUGCAGACCAAAGCUGUGUCAGUCAGCGAUUCCUUCAAGCAACCAUAAUUGCUCUGGUUAUUAUCAUGGCUUUCAGUGUCAUCUCUAUGACAACACUGUACGUAUUGAACUUGCGCAGUGAAGAUGAUAUGCUGGGCAUUGACGGCUCUCUUACUCGGCCCGGUAGCUGUACUCUGACUUUCUUCCGACAGAUCCACCUUACUCUUCCUUAUGCUUUGUGCACAGGGUCUAGCCAGAACUUUGACACCACACAACUGAAAGGCUCCACCACCCCUCCACCGAAGAUAACAAAAAGUCCAGACUGGCAACAAGACCCUCCGCUUACCAUUAACCUUUGCAUGGAUCCGCCUUGUGAACCUGUCUGCUGCCCUCGCAUUCUAAGCUCUGAAUCUCCCACCAUCACCCGGAAAACCUCCGCAGCAUCAGCCGAGACCAACUCACAGACAGACCCUGCUCCAUCCACAAUUAUCAGGAAAGCAAAGUCUCGCAAUCUGGACAAGAACCGCAACUCCCUGCAGACCCUUCCCAGACCAGUCAGCCCUGUGCCACCUUAUACCCAGGGCAAAAGCAAACACAACCCCAACAGUCUUCCAGGGCAGGACCUCCGCGGAAGGAGGAGCUUGGAGGAGGAAAGUACACCCACUACACCAAUGGACAAGACUCAAGGAAAUGGCUAUGACACUCGCUACUCUCUCACCUCCGUACGCCUGCUGGAGACCGACACGCUCAUUACUAACCGUUCAUGUGCCUCGCUCGAUACCUGUGGGUCAGGAAAUUACACCUAUAAACUCCCCAUCAGCAAAUACAGUCCUCUGUCCGGCAGCCUUACCUUGGAGCUCAAUUCCUCCUCACCUGUGUCGGUGAACUUCUGUGAAUCAUCAGAAGGAAAGGGCUGUCAGGAAUCAGCAGCUGUCACAUCUCCCAGGAACCAAAGCUGCCCCCAGGGGACAGAUGUGUGCGUCAUGCAGGUCUCUCCCACGUCUCACUUAUGGACCCUGCAGUUACUUCCCUCGCAAGAUUUCACCUUUCACCUGCGCGUGGCUCCUCCGAGUGCCUCGGGUUGCAACGAUCUCUCUAUUGAUCCCUCACAAGUUACAGACUAUUAUUUCAGAUUUUAUCGACUGUGCGACUGAUACUCUGGGCAGCGGCAGCAGCAGAGAAAUAUCUGCCUAUUACCGUUCUCCUUCCUUAAAAUGGAAACAGGCGUGUCCUUCCCCGUCCCCCCCACAGACUGCGGGCAGCCACGGGGUCACCCUUCCCCUCACUGGAAGUGCAACACUGGAGCAGACUGAGCACCACUGGAUCUUUCUGGGUCAACUGGAAGUAAAACGGCACAUCAACACUGGAGAUAGAGGGGGGUCUACUCAUCUUUAACUGGAAGCAAGACAAGGGGUAGCCCCUCUUGGCCAAUAAGCAGGAGUAAUGGAGUAAGAAUGGGUGCGGCCCAGCCAUUGAAUUUCUGUGUCUAAUAUUGUGAUUCUGUUACAAACCUUCCCUUCCCUCACCCACCGUUGUUAGUCUACAUCCCACCUCCUACGUAGGGUUUUUGACGCAGCAGCCAAGGCAUAAGCCGGCGGCAGCACAACCAAUAAGAAGUUACUGAACAUGUUGGACAUUUUUAUCAUGUUUUAUGUGGAUUUUUUUUUUCCUUUUUUCUUGUUUGAGCUUUCUGUGUUUUGUAUUUAAUUGUCUAACCACUGAAGUGCACUUACUAUUAACACGGCAGUGAGGACCAAAAACACCCCCCUCUAUAGCCUGUGCAAGGGUGGCCAUCUUGCUAAUUGGGAGGGGGGGUUGGUAGCGCACCAAAGACUCUUAGAGAGCACACCGAGUGCAAAGCCGUGCAAAUCCAACUCACCGCAUAACUGGUGACAUGAAAGACUUUGAAUUUGAUGCUGAAAAGUCAUUUUUUUUCUCCUCGUUAUUACAAAUUAUGCUCUUAACUUUAAAUUUUUUUGUAAAUAGUUUCCUUGCAAUAAUUAGAGACACUAAUCACAGCGGCCUUGGUGGCCUUUGCCAUCACUGGAACAGUUUAACCAAUUCAAAGCAUAAGGGACCUACCCUUUGGUACAUUGCCCCUUGUGGCAGGGAAUUGGUUAAACCCUAUUUUCUAAGCAUUAAAGUCUUUUUUUUUUUCAGAUUUGUAUUUAUAUUUCCCAUGCUCCCCCGCUAUCCUGCUGUAACAGUUUCUGGGACUGGAUAAUCCUAUCUGCGUAUAAAUACCCACAAUAUAUAAAUAUAUAAAUAAUUCUUUGUA